AUGAAGGCGUCCGCGCGCUCCAGGCUCCGCCGGCAGAAGGCGCAGCGCUUGAGGAAGUCGGCGCUCGUCGCGUCCGACAGCCGCGCGCCGGGCGGAGGCCGCCAGCAGUCGUCGCCGUCCAUCGCGCCGUACGACCACGGCGAGCUCGCGGCGAUGCGCUGCGCGUCCAGCGGCACUUCGCAAACCACGCCGCGCUCAACUAUCGUGGCCGUGCUGCUCGGUGCAGCUGCGGGACUCGCGGCGAUCACAGCGCAGGGCUCCCUCUCACUCGCCGCUGUCUCCUCGCCCCGCAUCCAAGGACUUCCCUUUUUUCCGUCCCUCUCGUCCGCCCGUCCGCUCGCGUCAACCCUCAUCCCCGUCGCCCCUGUCAUCCGCGUAUUCCCAGCGUUCGCCACGAUGAGCGGCAGAGGCGGCGGCGGCGGCGGGCGGCCACAGGUGGACAAGGCGGCGGAUUUCGCGAAUUACUUUUGCACGUACGCGUAUCUGUACCACCAGAAGGACAUGCUGUCGGACCGCGUGCGGAUGAACGCGUAUCGCGACGCGGUCAUGAAGAAUAAAGCGCAUUUCGUCGAUAAGGUGCGAUCCAGUUCUGCGCCUCGGUCUUCGUCCAUUAGCAACUCCUCACCUCCUCCCCACCCCCUCCUUCCUUCCUUGCGCCCACACCCGCCAACCCCACGUGCCUUGCCGCCCCACCUCCUCCCCGUGCUCGCCGUGCCCACGCUCCCCGUGCUCGCCUGCCCACGCUCCCCGCGCAACGCAGCAACCACUAUCCCCGGAACCCUCAACCCUGUCACCUCUGCGCUCCCCACCCCCUUCGCCCCCACAAGCUCUUUCGUGGUGCUGGACGUGGGCACGGGCAGCGGCAUUCUCGCCAUCUGGGCGGCGCAGGCGGGCGCGCGGCGCGUGUACGCGGUGGAGGCGACGGACAUGGCGCAGCACGCGGAGACGCUGGCGCGCGCCAAUGGCGUGGCGGAGCGCGUGACGGUGCUGCAGGGGAGCAUGGAGGAUGUUCAGCUGCCCGAGAAAGUGGACGUGAUAAUAAGCGAGUGGAUGGGGUACUUCCUGGUGCGCGAGUCCAUGCUCGACUCCGUGCUCGUCGCCCGCGACCGCUGGCUCAAACCGGGCGGCUCCCUGUUCCCGAGCCAUGCGCGCAUGUGGGUGGCGCCGGUGCAUUCGAGCCUGUGGGAGGGGCGCAUGGGCGAGUUCCGCAGCAGCAUGGGCGACUGGCGCAGCUUCGUGCGGGGCACACGGGAGGACUACGGCGUGGACAUGGCGGUGCUGGAUCAGACCUAUGAGGCCGAGCAGCAGAAAUACUUCCUUCAAACAGGGUGUUGGGAAUCGCUGUACCCCUCACAGGUGUUGGGGCGGCCGGUGAUGAUCCGCGAGAUAGACUGUGCCACGGCCACCGUGGCCGAUGUGGAGGAGGUCAAAGCGCACUUCACCACUCGUGCCUUCGCUGCUGAUAAAGCCGUCAACGCCAUCGGAGGGUGGUUCGACGUCCUCUUUAAGGGGUCAGCCACGGACCCCACGGAGCACGAGGUGCAGCUGACGACAGCGCCCAGUGUGGACGAGGGCACGCACUGGGGGCAGCAGGUCUUCCUGCUCGCACACCCGCUGCACGUGCGCGAGGGUGAUGAGGUAUCGGGCGCCAUGCACAUCCGGCGCUCCAAGAAGAACCACCGCCUCAUGGAUGUUGAUCUGCAGCUGCAGUGCCAACACACCGACGGCUCCCGCUCCCCCAACACCAUCGCCGCUUACUUUAUCGAGUAG